AUGACUUAUAAAGCAGAUAAAUUACGUUAUGAAUCGAUGAUUUAUCGAAAAGCAGGAAAAAAUGGAUUACGUCUUCCUAUUAUCUCCUUAGGGUUAUGGCAAAAUUUUGGUGGGGAAAAUACACUAGAAACACAACGCGAGAUGUUACAUACUGCUUUUGAUUUAGGGAUUACUCAUUUCGAUCUUGCAAAUAAUUAUGGAACCCCAUAUGGUAGCGCCGAACUUAAUUUUGGUAAAAUUUUUCAUCAAGAUUUACGCCAAUAUCGAGAUGAAAUUAUUAUUUCAACAAAAGCUGGUUAUGAUAUGUGGCCUGGACCAUAUGGCCAAAAAGGGAGCUCUCGUAAAUAUUUACUUGCAAGCUUAGAUCAAAGUCUUAAACGUCUAAAAUUAGAUUACGUGGAUAUAUUCUAUUCACAUUGUUUUGAUAAAGAAACUCCAUUAGAAGAAACAGCUGGAGCACUUGCUAGUGCAGUAACGCAAGGAAAGACACUUUAUGUAGGUAUUUCUUCAUAUCCAUCUUCAAAAACAAUUGAAAUAGCAAAUAUACUUAGUAAGUAUAAUAUUCCAUUAUUAGUUAAUCAAUCUUCUUACAAUAUGUUUAAUCGUUGGAUAGAACUUAAACUUUUAAACAUUUGUGAAAAAUAUGGUGUGGGCAUAAUAGCAUUUAGUACUUUAGCUCAAGGAUUGCUUACUAAAAAAUACAGUAAUUAUAAUUUAAAUAAUAUGUUAUUAAAAACAUUAUCAAGAUCUACUAUUAGUCCUACUGAUCUUUCGAUAGAAAAUUUAACACGUAUUAAAUAUCUUGAAAAAAUAGCUAAAAAACGUAAUCAAACAUUGGCACAAAUGGCAUUAUCUUGGGUAUUACGUGAUACACGUAUCACCUCAACUUUAAUUGGAGCAAGUAGUUGUACACAAAUACGUGAGAAUGUAGAUAUAUUAAAAAACCUUACCUUUAAUAAAGAAGAACUCAUAGAAAUUGAUUCUUUUGCUAUUGAUGGAUCUGUAAAUUUUGGUCGGCAACAGGAAAUUUAA